AGAGCAGCACAGCCAAAGACGCCAUUCAAAGAAAAUUUGUCAUUUUCAAAGUCAGCCACGUGAAGCCUUGAACUUCCAUGUCUCAACUGUAGAGAAGUUCCAUUUUUAACUAUCGUCCCCAAAUUUCAAACUCCUCCCAUAACUCAUCCAAAUAAAAUACAACCACUCUACUCUCUCUCUCUCUCUCUCUUUAUGUUUGUUCCAGAGAUGGCUUAUGUUUGUACCGUUGCUUAUUCUCUUGCAACCCUUCUUCUUUUGCAACCUAUGAUCGCAAGGAGUGACUUUUUAUCUCCUGUUCUUGAUGAUGUGUGCAAAACAGUUGAAUGUGGAAAGGGAACCUGCAAGCCAUCCCAUAACAGCACUUUGUUUUAUGAAUGUGAAUGUGAUUCUGGUUGGAAGCAGACUCGCUCUGACCAUGAUGAUCAUCACAAGUUUCUUCCUUGCAUAGUUCCCAACUGUACCCUGGACUACUUAUGUCAGGCAGCUCCCUCACCGAUUCAAAAUAAAGCAAGCAAAGCUAAUGCAUCAAUUUUUGAUCCCUGUUUUUGGACUGAUUGUGGAGGCGGUUCCUGUAACAAGACAUCUACUUUCACUUACAGUUGCGAAUGUACAGAGGGUUACUAUAACCUUCUCAAUGUCUCUAACUUUCCAUGCUUGAAAGAAUGUUCGAUUGGAAUGGACUGUUCAGGACUUGGGAUUUCUAUUUCAAAUAAGUCAGCUUCUCCAGCACCUGUAUUAACUGAUAGCGGUCAGAAUCAAGCUGGUUCAAGUCUUCAACACAGUUUCCCUUGGUUGAUGGCAUUAAUCAUGUCUCUGGCCAUGAUUCAGUGGAAAUAGAAUUGGAGUACCACAUUCCAUUUAGAUCAUAUACAGUUUCUCAUGAUCAUCUGCUUUUGAUUUAUAUGUUUGAUGCCUUAUUUAGUUAAAUAAUUGCAUUUCUGUCUGUAAAUUUCCCCAUUAUGUGAAUGAGUUAGAACACAAAUUCUUUAGGGUUUAGUGUGUAGCUUGUAAGCAUAUGAUGCAGAGAGGAUUUUGUUGCAGAGAUGUGUAAAGAACAUGCUAGCACAUUAUUAUACACACGCCUAUAUCUGUUUAUAACAA